UGUGUUCAUUAAGGAAAUAUCUCCUUAAUUCCGUGUCUAGGCAGGCUAAAAUGUGUUAUAUAUCUGCUUGUUUGCAACCCCAACCAGCAUAACAAUCUCCGGUCUUGACAGAGCUAGUCUGUUCUUGUAUAAACAGUAAACCACCAUGUUCUUGCACUUUCUGCUCCUCUAUUUAGUUCUGUAUGUACUUACCAAUCACUUCCGCAACAAGAUCCAAAACCUCCCACCAAGCCCAUUCCCUGCUCUCCCCAUAAUAGGCCAUCUCCAUCUCCUCAAGAAACCCCUCCACCGAUCCCUAUCAAAGAUAUCCAACAGACACGGCCCUGUAGUACUCCUACAGCUUGGCUCCCGUCGUGUUCUUGUAGUUUCCUCCCCUUCAGCUGCAGAAGAAUGUUUUACCAAGAAUGAUAUUGUCUUUGCCAAUCGUCCACACCUACUUGCAGGAAAACACUUGGGCCGCAACUACACGACCCUUCCAUGGGCACCACACGGUGACCUUUGGCGCAAUCUUCGUAAAAUCUCCUCCCUUGAAAUCUUAUCCUCUAACCGUCUCCAGUUGCUUUCUAGCAUACGCACGGAAGAGGUCAAGUUUUUGAUUCGCCGUCUUUUCAAAAACAACGAUGAGAUCAUAGAUUUGAAAUCGUCAUUUUUCGAGCUCAUGCUAAAUGUGAUGAUGAGGAUGACAGCUGGAAAGAGAUAUUACGGUGAAAACGAGGCUGAAGUGGAGGAGGGGAGGAGAUUUCGAGAGAUCGUGACAGAGACUUUCCAGGUCAGUGGCGCAUCAGCUGUGGGAGACUUCUUACAUGUGUUCGCUGUGAUAGGAGGAACGGAGAAGAGGUUGAUGAAGUUGCAGGAAAAGAGAGAUGGGUUUCUGCAAGAGUUGGUUGAUGAGCAUAGGAGAAGAAUGGGGAAUAACAAGAGCUGUUUUUCUAAUGAGAGAAAUUACAAGACCAUGAUUGAGGUUUUGCUAACACUGCAAGAAUCAGAACCUGAGUACUAUAAGGAUGAAACUAUCAAGGACCUUAUGGUGGUUCUACUGUCUGCCGGGACAGAGACUACAGCUGGGACAAUGGAGUGGGCAUUGUCACUUCUGCUGAACAAUCCUCUAAUUUUAAGGAAAGCACAAAAUGAAAUUGACAAGGUUGUUGGACACGAUCGUCUGAUUGAUGAAUCUGAUGUGGUUAAGCUUCCUUAUCUACACUGCGUCAUAAAGGAAACUAUGCGAAUGUACCCAAUAGGCCCAUUGCUAGUGCCUCACAGGUCAUCAGAGGAGUGUGGGGUAGGCGGGUUCCAGAUACCAAGCGGCACCAUGUUGUUGGUUAACAUGUGGGCAAUACAGAAUGAUCCUAAAAUCUGGGACGACGCAGCAAAAUUUAAGCCAGAAAGGUUCGAAGGUUCCGUGGGAGUUAGAGAUGGGUUCAAAUUGAUGCCUUUCGGGUCAGGAAGGAGGAGAUGUCCUGGGGAAGGUUUGGCCAUACGCAUGGUUGGAUUGACUCUGGGGUCAUUACUUCAGUGUUUCGAAUGGGACAGGGUUAGCCAGGAAAUGGUGGACAUGACAGGGGGGACUGGACUCACUAUGCCCAAGGCUCAGCCUUUACUGGCCAGAUGCACUUCCCGUCCAUCGAUGGCAAACCUUCUUUCUCAAAUUUGAAGGAGGCUGUAUGCUGCUUGCUGAACAGAAGAUAUUAAUUUGCCAAGUUUAUUAGUUGUAAAAGGUCACAGUCUCUGGCCUAAUAUCAUUUACUUUUCCUUCCAAUGCAAAGUAACCGAGCUAGCCUCAUAUGUAUUUAAUAUCAUUACUGGGACCAUUGUUUAGCUGCGAUAUCAGUACCUGCGAUGAUUUCUAACUUUAUUUCACUCAUGAGUUUACUUUCUUUAA